CCAAGGAGAGCAGGGGUGGAGUGGGGGAAAGAAAACCCGGCCCCUCUUACACUAGCCGACUCUUCGGCAUUCAGCGUCAGCAAAAACCCUAAUGUGAUCAAGAUGGAAGUUGUCUUUGGACUUUUCACUGCUCCCCGGCUUUCUGCCUGCAUUUGGGGGCUUUACUGCUUUUCCGACAGUUUUACAGCCAAGAUUCUGACUGGAGUCCAGAAAACGUCUUGCAUAAACUUAGACUAAGGACGACUUACAAAAUAAUACGGAUGUCGAGUCACUUGGAAAGCGAUGGAUUCAUAUUUCCCAAAUAAAACCUUGCUCGCUUUCAACGGAUGAAUGAAAAGCCAACUUGCGACACAUCUCUGGAUAACUUUACUGGAAGCAAAUAGUGGAUCUAUAAUCUAUUUGCUGGAUUAUCACCUGUUUUUAAUUUCUCAAUACAAAGCUACUGGAUUAUAUUUUACAACACUGAGUCAUUUACAAGGGGUAAAUACCUUCGCUCGAGAAUUAAAUGUUUGAAAUGUAUUGAAGUGUCAGUUUGGCAGUUCGACAGCAAGCUGAAGGAGAAACAGCUUUGGGACAUUUGAUGUAAUCUUUCUUAUUUACCUAAUAACCCGGAGCAGGUUCAUGACAGAUGUUGCAGAUGGGAGUUGGUAUUAUCCAACUCUUUUCCUGAGGAAACAAAAGAUCUGGUUCCUGAUUUUUGCCUGACAUCAAAAGCAACUUUAUGGGAUAGCACUGGCUGUUCACAAUGCCAGUAGCCAUACGGAAAAGAAGUUGGGAGGAGCAUGUGACUCACGCUUCUGGAUUACAAUACAGUUAUGAUGAUCUGGACCUGGUCUGCUGUCAUGGGGUGGACAGCGAGGGGCCACGGUUGGGAGCAGGGGCUUCCAAACAAGGUAGACGGACGAGGUGUGCCUCCAUGCCAGAGUGCUGCCACCAACUGUCCGCAGAAGACCAUGUCCAGGCACUGGAGUUGACAGCUCCUGUUGUAAAUGAUAAAGCUGGAUCACAACAGUUAACGCUAAUGGAAAGUGAUGCAAAGGUUUCUCUGGAAUAUCAGGAAGAGUCCGUUCAUGGCCCGUAUGAGUUGGUGGACGUUAAUAUUCACCAAAGGGCUUCUGAACCAGAGCAUCUCCAUAUAGCAAACAUUGGAAAGUCUGGAGAAUUUCACUGUGACUGUGGGAUGUCCAGUGAAAAUAUUUAUUGUGCGACCGAUAGCAGCAGUCACAGUGUGAAAACUAUCAAUGGUGAAUGUGAAGUUGCCAAAGAGAGUAGCCAAAGACACGACAUCUGCAAUGACAAUAAUAUCUCACGUGAAGAGCAACAAUGCAUCUCUAUCUCUUCAAACAAUGGGCCUCCACUGCCUGUAUCUGCUAGUGAGCAGCCUGGCAAAUGUCCAAUUCAUCAGGAAACAAAGGAGAGCCAUACAGAGGGUAACAGCCGACCUCCUGAAAUCUCUGAGGCCACAUUAAACCAGUCCUCUGCUGCUGAACUGGAACCUCAAAAGGGCCUUCCAGAUGUCGAGGAAGAGAAGCUUUCCACCUCUGGCCAUGCCGAUGUAAGUUUGACCUUACCUGUUGGUGUGCUGCCUAGUUUAGUUCAUAUGAUGGAUAGUGGGGAUGUGAUUUCACAGGCUUGCAAAUCUAUGGAACCAAUUGUGACUUUAGUGGUAGAGGAUUUUUGUGACAAAGGAGUUAUUGAAAGCCGGAGUUCAGGGUCUACCAACACGCUGGAUGAAGAAAUGACGGUGAAUGAAAAUACUGGACUUAAACAUUACUUGAGGGACAUUCAACAAGGAGAGCAGGAUCAUCAUGACUGCAGUCGGGUAUUGGAUCAGGCUCAUGCUUGUGAAACCUCCCACCAGACAUCGUUGAAACAACAUCAUGUUGAAAUUAAAGCAAUGAACGGGCCUCAGGGAGAGAAAAGUGGACAAGAAGAAGGCAGCAAGAAAGCAGCAGAAUUCAGGGAUGAACCAAUCACUUCAUCAGAUAUUUGUUUCCAAGGUCAGUGUUGCUCUUUGACAGUCAACAGAAUAGUUUCAACUGAAAAACUGGAUACUGGUGACCCCAUAAAGUCCUCAGUAAGUCAACCGAUGGACAACAGAGAUGAAAACUCAGUGUCCAAAGAAUUGGCUUGUUGUGAGAAUCAAACCAUAGCCCAGCAGUUGGAAAAUAGCUGUUCAAAACUGGAUGCUAUCCCAGAAGUUAGCCACGUUGAGCCACAUGACAUCCUUUUACUAGACCCUCAAAAGAACAUUGCCUCAGAUUUCAUCCAAAAUCCACAUGUUCAGCAAUCCCAUAUGGAUGAUAAACAUGCAGCUCCUGAUCAGCACAGCGAAAACCUGUCGCCAUGCCCUGCAGAGGUCAAUGAAGAGCUCUCACCAGAGGGACUCCAUGGCAACCAAGCUUCUGGUUGUUACCUCAGUGAGUCACCUGCUCUUGAGGUGGCAGAUGGCCGGAGGGAACACCACAGGCCAGGAGCCACAGUCUCUACAAUGGACGAGCCAGACGAGGCCGCUCACACAGAUCUUUACAGUGACACACAACUUGCCAGUCCUGGUUUAGAUGAAACGAAUGAACCUGGAGAUCAAAAAGAGGACGUUGUCAAAGUGCGUAUGAGAAAGCGUGAGCAUGCUCGUUUGGACUCAAUGGUGUUGCUGCUGAUGAAGCUGGACCAGUUGGACCAGGAAAUUGAGAAUGCCCUCUGCGCCACCUCCUCCAUGGGCAGCACGCCGACCCUCCAUCGCAGACAGCUGCUGGCACAGGAGUUUGAGGCUGGAUCUGUCCCAGCAGCAUCACGAAGCCCGCCCCAUCCAUACCUUCCUGCUGCCUCCACCUCAGAAUAUACCCCAGCCCUUGGAGCAAUACCUAAAAGUGGGAGCACCUCUACCCUUCCUGAGACGGAAAAAGCUGAAAUUGAAGCCAAAGAGGCUUGUACCUGGCUCCGAGCAGCAGGGUUUCCACAGUACGCCCAGCUGUAUGAAGAUGCCCUGUUCCCCAUCGACAUCUCCUCAGUCACCAGGGACCAUGACUUCCUCGAUCGAGACGCCAUUGAGGCUCUCUGCAGGAGACUGAACACCCUCAACAAGUGUGCUUUGAUGAGACUGGAGAUAUCACCGCAGAGAAAAAGAAGCGAGGACUCCGAUGAGGACGAGCCCUGUGCCAUCAGUGGCCGCUGGACCUUCCAGAGGGACAGCAAGCGCUGGUCCCGUAUGGAGGAGCUGGAGGUUUUUUCCUCACUACCAGCAGAUGCUGUGCUACCCCCAUUCCCAAAGGAGGCAUCCCAGAAAGGAAAGCUCACCCUGCGCGAAGCCAACAGUUCAGAGAGUGUGCUGACCGACCUCAGCGAGCAGCCGGAAGUGGGCUCCAUCCACAGCAGCGGGAGUGUAGGGAGAGAAGAGAAGAGCCAUGGUGCCGCCUUGAAAAAUGAAGCCUCCGGCGCCACUCGUGCCAGCUCUGUAGCAAGCAUGUGCUCAUCCUCGGGCACAGGCGGGUCAGGAUGCGCUAACGAGGACUCUCUGUCUGAUGGGAUGCCUCCGUCGCCCCUAGAGACACUCGGACAGUUCACCUUUGAUGUAAAAACAGGCAUGGGAGGACUAGGAGGUGGUCUGGACCGAGGAGGUGGCAGCAGCAAGAGCACACGCUCAAGAGCAAAGACCUUCCUCAAGAGGAUGGAGAGUCUGCGGCUGCGCAGCGGCACCUCCUCCAAGAGAAAGAAGAAGGGGAGCGCCAGCGGGGGGAAGAUAGAGAUCAGUGAGCCUGUCAUCAAAGAGGGCCUGGAUGAUGACAAGCUGCGAAGGCUCAACUGUGUGGACAUCUCCAGUAUGAACCUCAACCUCAAUCACCAGUGCAAUCCCGCUGGGACUAUGACACUCAACCGGAAUCGCUCAGUAUCCUACUCCACACAGACCAGCAACGGCAGCACUGGGAGCAGCCAAUCGGAAGCUAGUAGUGGAAGUGCAGUGAGCACGCCGAGCCCGGUGACUCGCGCUCGCAGCCACAGCACAGCGGCGGGCUCUAGUAAGAGAGGCGGGAUGUAUUUGGAGGGUUUCGAUCCUUUCAGCCUUCCCCAACAAGCUUCAGAUCGACAAACUACACCCACACCCAAAUCUGCGCCACCCAUCCCCUGCCAAGCUAGCAGUGGGAUGACAGUUGAUGAGCAGAACCACAGGAACAACUGCAGUGUUCGAGACAAUAGCAGAAGAACUGAAGAAGAGGAAGAGGAGGGAGAAGGGGGUAUGAUCUUCUUCUACUUACCAGAAGGUCACAAGCCUGGGACCUUCCCCAAAGCCCUCCAGGAUGGGAGUUCACGCAAUAACAAUGGGAAUGAUAACGGGAAUUCGGUGACCCUCAGGGGGCGGCAGAGCAGACGCCAGCGGCACUGUUCGGAGGGAUCCGUCGACAGCCGGCUCAGCUUUUACGACAACGUCCCCUACACUGAGCGGGAGGAGGAGGAGGAGGAGGAGGAGGAAGAGGAGGAGGAGGGGGACGAGCGCAAACUGGAGCAAGUGCUGCAACAUGUCAGCGGUCUGCAGCGCUUUGUGAACGCCUGGUCAGAGGCUGUGGCCGGAGAGGAGGAGGAGGAGGAUGAAGAGGAAGAAGGAGACUCGGAUUCGGCACUGGACUCUGCCUCCCCCUGCCCAUCCUCUCCUCUGCAGAACCGGCUGGAGGAGACUGAAAACGGAAGUGACCAAGACAGCACAGGAAACCCGCUGGGAGAGGGGGAGGAGGGGAUGAGAGAGAGGAGAGAUUCUGGGGUCGGCGCGUCACUAACCAGAACCAGCAGACCACAGAAACUGCGCUGGCCGAGCUUCCAGAACUCUCAUCGGCCCAGCUUGGCGUCGGCCCAGCUCCAGAUUAGCUGCCAGUCUGUGCUACAGAUGAAUCUGCUCCAGAAGCUCUCUCUGCUACAGCUCACUGCUCUGCUGGAGAGACACACCCCUACAAACAAACAUGGCUUCAGCUGGGCUGUGCCAAAGUUUAUGAAGCGGAUCAAGGUGCGCGACUACAAAGACAGGAAUGUGUUCGGUGUGCCACUACAAGUCAUGGUCCAGCGGACAGGCCAGCCGCUCCCUCAGGGGAUCCAGCAGGCCAUGCGCUAUUUACGCAGCCAGUGCCUCGACCAGGUGGGUCUUUUCAGGAAAUCAGGUGUUAAAUCUCGUAUCCAAGCUCUUCGCCAGAUGAACGAGUCGAGCGGCGCAGACGGGGGAGGCGUCAACUACGAGGGCCAAUCGGCUUAUGACGUUGCCGACAUGCUGAAGCAGUACUUCAGAGAUUUGCCAGAACCCCUGCUCACUAGCAAACUGUCUGAGACCUUCCUCCAGAUCUAUCAGUACAUGCCUAAAGAGCUGCGUCUGCAGGCCGCGCGGGCCGCCGUGCUGCUGCUGCCCGACGAGAACCGCGAGGUGCUGAAAACGCUCCUCUGCCUGCUGAGCGACGUGACGGCCAGCGUUUCCGAGAACCAGAUGACUCCCACCAACCUGGCUGUGUGUCUGGCGCCAUCCCUCUUCCACCUCAACACCCUGCGCCGCAAGGAGAGCUCCUCCCCAAGGGUGAUGAACAGGAAGCAGACACUGGGAAAGCCGGACCAAAGAGACCUGAAUGAGAACCUGGCUGCCACUCACGGCCUGGCACACAUGAUCCAGGAGUGCAGCAAACUCUUUCGGAUCCCAGAGGAGAUGAAUCGCUGCAGGAACUCGUACGUGGAGCAGGCGCUGUUGCCGCGGCGUCUGGAGGAGCUCGCCGGUGAAGAGGCCGGCCACGGUGGCUUCAGGGCCUUCCUGCGGGACAGCCUGGACACCCUGCUCAAAGACGCCAAGGACAAGUUCAAAGGUUACGACAGCUGUUCCACACCCGAGCACGCCGAGCUGGCCUGUAGGAAGGUGCAUGAUGGCUAUCCUCUGCGGCUGUGGAAGGUGACUGUGGAGAUGCCUGCGGGUCCUGAGGAAGUUCUGACCAGAGUGCUGCGGGAGCAGGGCUACUGGGACGAGGACCUGCUGGAGAGCCGGGUGGUGGAGACGUUAGAUGAGAGGACGGAGGUCUACCAGUAUGUCAGGAACACCAUGGCUCCACACCCCACCAGAGACCACCUGGUGCUCAGAACAUGGGUAACAGACCUGCCAAAAGGAGCGUGUGCACUGGUUUGUACAUCUGUGGACCAUGAAGGCGCCCCUGUUGUAGGGGUCCGGGCCAAUGUCCUCACCUCACGCUACUUCAUCGAGCCCUGUGGAUCCAACAAAUCCAGACUCACACAUAUCUCCAGGAUCGACUGCAGGGGUCGUUUCCCAGAGUGGUACAAUAAACUGUAUGGACACCAGUGCGCUGCAGAGAUUGCGCGGAUACGUGACUCAUUCUCUGUGCCCAUGGACAAAUGAGAAAGCAGAGUGCAAUUUGGGCAUCGCCAGACUCAACAGCAUAACAUGACAUCAUCUGGAUCCCAAUGAGGACUCCAAUGACUCAUUCCACCCUUUCCAACUGAGAGGUAGACGGGGUCCAAGCCUAUUAACACUCACACUUAAAGGACAAAUCCUGGAUCCUGGAUUGAAGGACUUUUUUUGCUCUGAUUUUGUUACAACGGAUUGAUGUUAUCGUCUAAAGCGGUCGGGGUCUCAGUGUGCUGCCAGGAGAACUUAUUCACACAAACAUUUAUCUGGGCUUAAGGACAACAUAUCGCUCAUAAGGGAUGUGGGGUUUCUCCAAAGGGAGCUAUUGCUUCUGAGAAGCGUGUGUGUGUGUGUGUGUGUGUGUGUGUGUGUGUGUGUGUGUGUGUGUGUGUGUGUGUGUGUGUGUGUGUGGCUUCAAAGCAGUUAAAAAAUAGAUAUUCCUCGCACUGGUUUCCAGUGGCAGCAUAAUAUGUACAUACAGUAUUCUGUUCACAGUAAUGGUGUGUGUCUGUCUUGUGAUACCUCUGUCCCUUUAUUCUGUUACAGCAAGGCACAGGGGGAAUAGUAUACAAUAUUGUAGUCAGUUGAUUGAUGAAUCCAUGGGUGAAGAAAGAUGCGAAUGUGCCGGUAAUAUGUAGACAGUAGAAAGGUCAUAGAGAGAUGGAAGCUGGGUGAUACUCGGGUUUAAGUGUUUCAGUAAAGGAAGGAAAGACAGAUGAGUUUUGGUGGCUGGCACACCAAUAAGAGAAGGAACAAUCAGGAAACGGCAUCAUUUACUGACAUACAAAAAGAUGUGUCUUCAUUUUAGUUUUUGAAGAGACAUGGGUAAAAUGAGUAACUAUGCUUGUAACAAAGCCAAUUAUUCAACAACAGUAAGAGAUCAUAAGAAAAAGUUUCUGACUGAGGAUCAAUGUUAGAGACAGAGAGUGUUGCGUCUUUUAUAUUAUCACAC